AAAAAGCACUGGAUAAUCUUGGCGGGGCGGACGGCAAACAUACCAAGCACAUAAGAAGUUAAAGCAUGGAGAACUUUGGCCUAUAUGUAGGAAGAUCUGGAGUUUCCGCCGCUUCCGUCUUGUGCUGUUGAAUGGCACGGGCAACUGCUGGCUGCCUUAUGCCGUUGCAUGCAUGUUAUAUCCAUGUUUCACCCAAUUGAAUCCUCAUGUCUGCUUACUAAAACAAAAUCGGAUGAAAAAAGUCAAAUGCACAUGGAACCUCCAACUUCGGUUGCGAUGAUCUCCAAUGCAUCACUGGUGACGAAGAUCGUCCACAACGAUGGGGAAGCUUAUUUACUCCAUCGGAGUGCUAUUCCACUCCACUUGGGCGGUUCGGGAUCCAAAGGAAGAGACCAUGAACUGUGGAUCGCUUCAUAAUGACCUAGCCUCAACGUCAUAACUUCCAUCGAAGCCGAGAUGCCCCGGUCUGGAAGGCAGCCGUGGUGGCUUCACUGCCUUUGAAGAUACAGUUGACUAUGGGAAGCAUCAGUUGCAGGAGUGGGGCAACUUGGAUGGAUUAUGCACGAUCCUACUCCGUAGAAGCAUUCUGCUUUUCCCCGGGAAAGAGAGCUUCUCCAGAAAUUGGCUCGACCGGUUUGUCUACCCAUCUUCGAGGAAGUUUCGGAAGCCUUAUUUCCUCGAGAGCGAGGCUUCUAUUGCACCUCAAAAGAAAUAUACGAUGAAAGAAAUGAAAAGGUCUUGCCUUUUUCGGGCCGCCACCACUUGUUACAUAACGCAAUACUUUAUGCUGUAUAGCAGCUGGGCUAUGCUACGGAUCUUGGCCAAUGUGCGACGGUUGUUUCCUCGGUCUUGUUAAAUUGAAUGCUGGUUGGCCCCUCUCUUGGUGACUACUUUUCAAGCGGCCAAGAGGCGAUGUGCAUUGGCUCUCUGACUUCAUCUUCAGCUUCCGGGGGCUCCUACGUCUCCGGCUGAACCGGGCAUUGGAUGAUCAUGCUUGACAAUGAGCGGUUCUGUUGCCAGUUCCCUCUCCAAUGGCACCAAGAAUAUCCUACAAGCAAGUUCGACUUGACCCAUAUUAUGAAUUGAUUGCGUCAGUCUUGAUAUCUUGGUGCUGACGAAUAUUUUUAUAUUGGGUGCUAUAUGUACUUUCCGUGGUGCCCAUUUUGAAUUUUUUUCUGUCCUAUCUUCAAGGAAGAGCUUUAGUGAAGUACCAGCCGCUUGUCUGCGUAUCUGCAAGAGAGUGCGAGACAUAAAACCCUGGUUCAUACUAUGAAUCGCCUUUCAGUGAUCGGCCUUCUUGGCUGGCUGCCCUACAGUUGGGCAAGCCCAGCAGCUCACUUUGCCCGAGCACCAACAUCUGGAGUCCCUACGCCACCGCUCUCAUCUGCGCCAGUUGUAAUUGUUCCGACCUCAAUCCCGCAUACGUCAUUCAGCGGGACUCCGUCAGUCACUGGUGCCGUGAAUGCUAGUUCUGUUGGGUCAGGUAUCCCAUCAUUAGGCUUGAGCCCUGCUGCUACUACGUAUCCGAGCGAUGGCUCUCUUCAUGAUGCCGAACCUGCUCCCUACGUACCAGCAGGGGGUCUUGGGACAAAUGGAACAACCCCGGUAUACAAUGCGAAGAGCGACUUUGAUUUUGAAUCACUGUCACUCGCGCUGUACCAGGAGUAUGUUGAGCUAGACCUGUUCCAUUAUGGUCUUGCACGCUUUUCGGUCCAGGAUUUCCAGGCUGCUGGACUUUCAGCUGAGGAUCGAUUUUUGAUCGAAUUUAUGGCAAAUCAGGAGCUUGGGCAUGCCACUAUGCUCACUAAUAUCCUGGGCGCUGCUGCUCCAAGGCAGUGCACUUACAACUAUCCUUUCACUACAGUGCAGGAGUUCAUAGAUUUCAGCCAGAAGAUCACCCGCAUUGGAGAAUCAGGAGUAUAUGGAUUCAUAUCGCACCUUGAUUCCCGCGAAGCCGCGAUAUUGCUGACGCAAUCAAUCACCACAGAGGCUCGCCAACAAAUGAUUUUCCGUCAAUUUGAGGGCCUCUUUCCAAUGCCUGUUUGGUUCGAGGUUGGAGUGCCACAGUCUUGGGCUUGGACACUGUUGUCGCCGUACAUCAGUUCCUGCCCAGACAAUCAGACCCGAUUGGCUUGGCAGAACUUCCCGGCACUAAGGAUCUUGAAUCAACCCAAUCCAGCUAGGGCUGGGAAAUCAGUUGGUAAUGCAGCAAUCACCAAUUCAACAAUCACCAAUUCAACAACGUUUGGCCUCAACGAGACCAUCAGCAGCGGUACCAACACCUUGAACAGCACUGUCGCCGCCAAUAGUUCAUGCGUGAAUAGUACCUCUAUGGGGGGUAGCUGCCAUCCUGCGAUCACUCACAACCGUACUACGCCACUCUCGUGGCCUGGGCGUCAAGUCUGGCUGUCCUGGGAGACUCCUGGCAGGCCUGUUGGUCCGAACAAUAGCUACAUUACGGCAACUACUGCUGGAAGUCCCAGAUACGUUGCGUGGGCAUCACAGUUGAAUGUAACAUACUCGGCUUUGACGCUCAGCAAUUCCACCUCUGGAUACACGAUACAGCCGAACUUGGAGACUUAUGCAGGAGAUCCUGCCAUUAAUGGCACGGUGUUCAUCGCAAUCACCGAUACCGAUUUGUUCGUGACGCCUUUCAAUAUAAGCUUGCUUAAUCCUCAUGUGGUUGCUGGCCCUGGCCUUUACCAGGCCGGCUAACCCUAGAACCGAGCCCAUUACCUCUUAACAAGACCUGAGUGAGCAGCCAGAAAAUGUCAAAUCGAGACAACAGUUCGGGUCGGUUCUAUCAUGAUGCUUAUCUUCCACGAAUAGGAAUUAAUGGUGGGCCUGUGUUGUUUUCGGUUUCUGCAAUGUGAAGAAAUUCAGAAAAAUCAUAAAAAAAACCCCAUGAUUUUUGAGACUCUGGAGUUCUGGGAGGAAAGUUGAUUAUCCUCGACAAGGCAGUAUGUAAUCACUAAUAAUAGGAUGCAAAUUGAGAUGAUUUUAUUUAUCAGCACUAUGACGGAAUACUACUAGCCCAGGAGAAUUAAUGUUCUACCUCGAGAUGC